UACUUAGAAGUAUCCAUAGGCUUUAGCUUCACCUCUAUUGCUCAAAUUCUCACAGAAACCCUUUCCCUUCCCUCCGUCGGAGCUUCUCAGGCACACAGAAGAAUGAGAUCACUCGCCAUCAAACGAGGAUUGAAAUUUCGGAAUAAGCACAAAUCGUCUAACCUGUGGAAUUUUUGUAAAAAGCUUCCCUUCUCUAAUGGCGGAUCCUCUGAGGUAGAUGUUCAUAUGGUAAACGAAGGUCCCUUUAGGGAAGGAAGGUGGACUGCUUCUUACAUGAACGGCGGAGAUGGCCAGACUUGGAGGAAACAUGAAGUUGUCAAACGAGAUAUCGAGAGCGUUUGUCAGAUCUUAAACAGUGGUCCUUGGGGGCCUUCAUUAGAGAAAGCUCUAACUUCAUUUCACCAUGAACCUGAUGCAGAUUUUGUUAUUGGAGUGUUGAGGAGAAUGAAGGAUGCUGAAUUAGCUAUAAAAUACUUUAGAUGGGUUGAAAGGGUGAUCGAUCGAGUCCAUACUCCGGAAACGUAUGAUUCGCUGCUCAUGGUGAUGGCUAGAAACAAGAAAUCCGAUCAAUUCAAACAUAUUUUUGAGGAAAUGAGCCUUGCUGGAUUUAGCCCUUCUUACGAAACAAGUGUGGAGUUAGUGUCCAUCUUAGCAAGGGCACAAAGAUUGCGAGAGGCGUUUGAGCUUAUACAAACCAUGAGAAAAUUCAAAUUUCGUCCGGCAUUUUCAGCAUACACAACUCUCAUUGGAGCAAUGGCUGCUGGUCACGAGCAGGAUUACCCCGACCUCAUGCUUACCCUCUUUCACCAGAUUCAGGAGUUAGGGUAUGAGGCUACUGUGCAUCUGUUCACGACUUUAAUUCGUGCAUUUGCUCGCGAUGGCCGUGUGGAUUCUGCUCUCUCCUUGUUAGAUGAAGUAAAGAGCAAUUCCCUCAAUGCCGACAUAGUUCUCUAUAAUGUGUGUAUCGACUGCUUUGGUAAGGUUGGUAAAGUCGACAUAGCUUGGAAAUUCUUUCAUGAGAUAAAAGCCCAUGGUCUCAUGCCCGAUGAAGUUUCUUAUACCAGCAUGAUAGGAGUUCUCUGCAAAGCCAAUAAAAUCGACGAAGCUGUUGACCUGUUUGAGCAGAUGGAGCGUAACAGGGCAGUUCCGUGUGCAUACGCAUAUAACACCAUGAUCAUGGGCUAUGGAUCUGUCGGAAGGUUCGAUGAAGCAUAUAGCUUGUUGGAGAGGCAAAGGUUGAAGGGUUCCAUACCGAGUGUGAUUGCUUAUAAUGGCCUUCUCACUUGUCUCGGUAAGAAAGGAAAAUUGAAUGAGGCGUUAGAGCUUUUUAACCGGAUGAAAAAAGAUGCCAUGCCGAGCCAAUCUACGUACAAUAUUCUCAUAGACAUGCUUUGUAGGGCAGGGAAAAUUGAUUCAGCUUUAGAAAUACGAGAGGAGAUGAAGAUGUCGGGAUUAGUACCAAACAUCACGACUGUAAACAUCAUGAUUGAUCGAUUGUGCAAAGCCGACAAACGGGAUGAAGCGCUUUCCAUCUUUAAGGACUUGGAUCGUAAAGUAUGUGCUCCUAAUAGAUAUACAUUUUGUUCGUUGAUAGAUGGCUUGGGUAGGCAUGGAAAGCUGGAUGAGGCGUACCGAAUGUAUGAGCAGAUGAUGGAUUCUAACGAAACGCCGGAUGCGAUUGUGUAUACAUCCCUGAUAAGGAAUUUUUUCAAAUCCGGCAGAAAGGAGGACGGACAUAAGAUCUAUAAGGAAAUGAUUCGGAGGGGUGUUGCGCCAGAUCUUACGCUUAUGAACACGUACAUGGACUGUGUUUUGAAAGCGGGCGAAACAGAAAAAGGCCGAGCUUUGUUUGAAGAGAUUAAGUCGUCGUUUACGCCUGAUGCACGAAGCUAUUCGAUUCUUAUUCACGGCCUAAUAAAAGCUGGCUUUUCUCGCGAAACGUACGAGCUAUUCCACGCAAUGAAGGAACAGGGGUGCGUAAUCGAUACCCUUGCUUAUAAUACUGUGAUCGACGGAUUCUGCAAAUCAGGUAAAGUGAACAAAGCUUACCAGCUUUUAGAGGAAAUGAAAGUGAAAGGUCAUAAGCCGACAGUAGUUACUUAUGGCUCCGUUAUCGACGGGCUUGCUAAGAUCGACAGGCUCGAUGAAGCGUACAUGCUAUUCGAGGAAGCAAAAUCGCUAGGCGUGGAAUUAAAUGUAGUCGUUUAUAGUAGCCUGGUGGACGGAUUCGGAAAAGUUGGGAGAAUCGACGAAGCGUAUCUCAUCAUCGAGGAAAUGAUGCAGAAGAAUUUGACGCCGAAUGUCCAGACAUGGAAUUGCUUGCUUGAUGCGCUUGUGAAGGCGGGAGAAAUUGAAGAAGCGUUCGUCUGCUGGAACUCGAUGAAAGAUUUGAAAUGCAGCCCGAACAUCGUGACCUACAGCAUUAUCAUAAACGGUCUGUGCAAAGCUCAAAGAUUCAAUAAAGCGUUCGUGUUCUGGCAGGAAAUGCAGAAGCAAGGUUUGAAACCUAACGUAAUCACGUAUGUGACGAUGAUAUCGGGGCUUGCUAAAGCAGGAAACAUUCUGGAUGCCGAGAAACUCUUCGAUCGAUUCAAAUCGAGCGGCGGGAUACCCGAUUCUGCUUGCUACAACACAAUGAUCGAAGGUUUUAGUGUGGCGAACAAGGCGAUGGAAGCGUAUAAGUUAUUCGAGGAAACUAGAUUGAAGGGCUGUAAGAUUUACACCAAAACUUGCGUCGUACUUUUGGAUGCGCUCCAUAAGGCUGAAUGUCUUGAGCAGGCAGCGAUUGUCGGUGCUGUCUUAAGGGAGACAGCAAAGUCGCAGCAUGCUUUGCGAUCAUGGUAAUAUAUUCGUCGAUGGCAGAACAAAUGUUGGUCGCGACUCCUCUUGAGCUGCGACUCGAUCCGUUUUUGUCGUUUUACUUGCAGACGAGACGAGGAUGAGAUGAAGAGACAAUGUAUGUACAGAAGCAGACGAGACGAGGAUGAGAUGAAGAGACAAUGUAUGUACAGAAGUCGUUGAUUUAGGUUGUCUGCAUCAGCCAAAUACUACCAUUUUUUUGGAAUUCUUGUAUGCUAUGGAGAGUAACUUAAUGGGAAAUUUUGAAAUUUCAAAAUGCGAUUCUUAAA